AUGCCUCAGGAAGAAGAGGAGGCUGCCGCUGGGCAGUCCCCUGUCCGGGCCGCCCUCGACCAUUUGUGUCAGGAACUCAAUCUGGACGUUGACAGCGCGUCGGAAGCCCUUCGGGAUUUUACAGCCUUGCGGGGCACCUACAGCCUUGAGGGAGACAUUAUACAUUGGUUGGCUUGUGCUCUCUAUGUUGCUUGCCGUAGAAGUAUAGUGCCUACUGUAGGAAGUAGUUUGAUGAAAGGAAAUUGUGUCUCAUUGACCAGAAUUCUGCGUUCAGCAAAGUUAAGUUUAAUUCAGUUUUUUAGUAAAAUGAAAAAAUGGAUGGACAUGUCAAACCUGUGUCAAGAAUUUCGAGAGAGAGUAGAGAAGUUGGAGAGAAACUUUGAAGUGGCCACAGUAAUAUUCAAAAAAUAUACUCCAAUCUUUUUAGAUAUAUUUAAAAAUCCUUAUGAAGAACAACCUAAGUUUCAAAGGAGCAGGAAACAAAGACGGGUUCCCUGUAGUGCUAAAGAUCUAUUCAACUUCUGCUGGACUCUGUUUGUCAACGCAAAGGGUAAUUUCAGUAUGAUUGGAGAUGAUCUAGUGAACUCAUAUCAUUUACUUUUAUGCUGCUUGGAUAUGAUUUUUGCAAAUGCACUUUUGUGUCCAUAUAAAAAAGAUUUAAUAAAUCCAUCUUUCAAAGGUUUGCCAGAAGACUUUCAUACAACUGACUCCAAAGCUUCUGAAAGGGCACCAUGCAUUAUUUCUACACUGUGUGAAUUACAUGAUGGACUUUUGUUAGAUGCCAAAGGCAUCAAAGAACAUUACUUUAAACCAUAUAUUUCAAAGCUCUAUGAUAGGGAGAUUUUAAAAGGAGAUUGUCUUUUGGAUCCAAGCAACUUUGUAAAUAACAACAAGGCCCUGAAUAAAGAAUAUGAAGAAUAUGUUCUCACAAAAGGUGAUUUUGAUGAAAGGGUUUUCUUGGGAACAGAUGCAGAAGAAGAAAUUGGAACACCUCAAAAAUGUUGUGCAGCUACACCAGGUGGGAAUAUAAGAGCUCAUGUUGAAUGUCAUCUUCAACAGCAUUUUGAGAAAAGAUCUUUUGCACCGUCAACCCCUUUAACUGGUAGGAGUUAUCUAAAAGAGAAGGAAUCAGUAAUUACUCCAGUUGCUUCUGCAACACAGAGUGUGAGCCGGUUACAAAGUAUUGUAACAGGGUUGAAAAAUGCACCAAGUGAACAGCUUGUAGCUAUUUUUGAAUCAUGUAUACGGAAUCCUAUGGAGAAUAUCCUGAAAGGAGUGAAAAAGAUAGGUGAAAUUUUCUGUCAGAAUUAUACUCAAUCAGUCAGUGAUCAACUGGUAUGCCAUUUAGAUUUUGCUCUUCACCGAUUAAAAUUGGCAGAAAUUUUGUAUUAUAAAAGCUUGGAAACAAUAAUGAUACAAGAAAAGCGAAGGCUGCCUGGCAAAGACAUGUCUACCAUUUUAGAACAAGAUAUUUUCCAUUGCUCUUUGCUUGCAUGUUGUUUUGAAAUAGUGCUGUUUGCAUAUCGUUCACCAAGAACGUUUCCCUGGAUCAUUGAUAUUCUUAAUGUCAAGCCAUUCUAUUUCUAUAAGGUGAUUGAAGUAUUGAUCCGUUCAGAAGAAGGUCUCUCAAGAGACAUGGUAAAACAUCUUAACAGCAUUGAGGAACAGAUACUUGAAAAUCUAGCCUGGAGAGAAGACUCUGUACUUUGGGAUGCCCUUCAAGUCUCAGAAGAUGAGGUUCCUCGCUGUGAAGAAGUAAUAUUUCCAAAUAAUUUUGAAACAGGAAAUGGAGGAAAAGGAUUAGGAUAUCUUCCCAUGAUGCCAGCAUCUCCUAUCAUGCAUCCCAGAGUAAAAGAGGUUCGGACAAAUCAUGAGGGCAAUCAUAGACGAGAUUUGCAGCUAUUGUCUCCAAUCUCCAUUCAUGACCGUUACAAUUCUCCUAUGGCAGGAAGUGCUAAAAGAAGGCUUUUUGGAGAUGAAAGCCCUCCCACAAAAUCUGUAGAAAAAAGAUAUGCUGAAGGAAUAAAACUGAAAACAGACAAGCAUAUGUCUGUUUCACCUGAUGAAAUUGCUCUAAGUAUGGCACAAACUACAGUAACAAGACAGAAAGUAACAAUCCCAUUACAUGGCAAUAUAAAUGAGACAGGAAGGAUCACACUGAUACCAAUUGCAGUCAACUUAUCUGAAGAUUGUAAAGUGGACAGCUAUGGACAAGUCCCACUCAGUGCUAAUGCUUUAAUGACUGUUUGUCCACGUCAGCCUCCUCCAAGCGAACCUUUUCAUUCAGCAAACAAGCCAAAGAAAACUGGAUCUCUAGCACUUUUUUUCAGAAAGGUAUACAAUUUGGCAAGUGUUCGAUUACGUGAUCUAUGCUCAAAACUGGAUGUUUCCAAUGAUUUACGAGGGAAGAUAUGGACUUGUUUUGAAUUCACUUUAGUCCACUGUACAGAUCUAAUGAAAGAUCGACACUUAGACCAGCUUCUUCUCUGUGCUUUUUAUAUCAUGGCAAAGGUGUCCAAAGAAGAAAGAACUUUUCAGGACAUAAUGAAAUGUUAUAGAAAUCAGCCACAAGCUAAUAGCUAUGUAUAUAGAAGUGUCUUACUGAAAAAAGUACAAGCUGAUGUAAUAGAUGUAAAACAUGAAAGUAUAUCAAAUGAAGGUGUCUGUGGGAACGAUUAUAGAGAUUUGGAAAAAGAAGAGAGAGGGGAUCUUAUAAAGUUUUACAACACUAUUUAUGUUAAAAAAGUGAUAAACUUUGUAUUGAAAUAUGUUUCCAACCAUGAUUAUAUGGUGGAAGCACCUCCGCUUUCCCCCUUCCCCAGCAUUAAACAGCUACCAGUAUCUCCUCGGCGAAUUUCUCAGCAACAUUCUCUUUAUGUUUCACCACACAAGAAUGGUUCUUGCCUGACACCUAAGAGUGCAUUGUUAUAUAAAUUUAAUGGGAGCCCUUCUAAGAGUUUGAAGGAAAUUAACAAUAUGAUUAAACAAGAAGGACAGAGACCUAAGAAGAGAGCAAUAUCAAUUGAUAGUGACACAGAAUCACCAGCUAAGAGACUUUGUCAGGAGAACGAUGAUGUUUUGCUUAAACGUCUUCAAGAUGUUGUCAGUGAAAGAGCAAACCAUUAAAUCAGCAAAGAUGCUGUUGACUAUGAUAUAUGACUGAUGUUCCUGAUUAAAAAUUGGGUUUAUUUUCUUGAACUUAACCCUUUGGAUCUAUCCCUGUAAAUAGAC